UAAGUAAAAUUGGACUGUAAACUAAAGAGAGGUUUAGAUUUUAACAAAUCAAAUUGAUUUCAAGUAUCCCUUGAGAAAGGAAACAGAUUUAUUACAUGUCAAUUAUUCGAAAGAUCCGCGCGGUCAUUUCCCUGUCCUCUGAUUGGUUUUCCCGUGUUCGGGCACAGCAGCGCACCUACGUCACGCCGGCCCACGCAACACGUAUUCUAUGAGAACCCCGACUUUAUUACAAAUUCAAAUUUUAAUUGUUUUUCUUUACAACAAAGUAAAAAUAUAACCAUAUUUUAUUAAGAAAACAUUACAAAGUAUAAAAAACAAGAAAUGAAAGAAAAAUAUAGUUUUUUCGGUAGUUUGUAACUGAGUUUGCAUUCUGUAAAGUUGUUAGUUUUUUACAAGUGCAUGGCUAGAUGUCGCUGCAGUUGUGUUGAGAUGCGCCGUUUUGCCGCGCGGCAGUGUCGCGUUAUCAUGACAGACAGUGGCAACAUGUCCAUUGUUGACGCACGUCCUGACACCAAUCAAGUAAUUGAUGUGGAUCAGUUGAUUUGCGAAAUCAAAAAGCGACCUUUGCUGUAUACCAGGGCGCAAACUGAGUACAUACAGAAGGUCGCCAGGCAAAGAGAGUGGACAGAGGUUUGCCAGGCGCUUUGCAAGAAUUUCCGCCAGUUGAGUGCCAGGAAGAAACGCGAGAAAGUGCGGCAAGUACAGUCCAAGUGGUUCCGGCUGAAGAAGACCUUUCUACGUCAGUCCGGGUACGGAGUCAGGACAACAGUUGGGAGGAUUAGGAAAAAAAAGCAAAUAGAAAAGUUGUCGUUCCUUAUUCCGACUACACCCGUCAUGGAGGUAGACUCUGGAGCCGGAGCCACGGCUGCCGCUAACAACAACGACGAUGACUUAGACCUUGUCAUGGACACGCUCAAAUCUGAAGAAGCCAAUGCCCCAACGGCGUCAACAUCUGCAGACAACAUCGCGGCCUUCGCUAAACAACAUGAGGUGAAGAAGAAACCCUUCUUCAUACCUCUGCCUAAAAUAGAGGAACCUAAACACGAACCAAUAGAUGAGAACUUGCAUUUCGCACUGAUGCUGGUGCCUUUGCUCCGGGCUUUGAACCAGGACCAACGUUUUUACGCUUGGUCCAACAUUUUAAACAUACUGCAGAAGGCACGAGAGCUUGGACCCAAGAAGCUGUCGAUUUUGCAAGAAGAGUUGCGUUACACGGAUGGGGAAGCUCCCAAUUUGCUUCAAGACCUGGCUUAUGUGCAGCCUGAUCCGGAGCCUCCAGUGGAUGAGGAGCCAAUGUUCCCAGCUGCCCAUGGAAGACCAACGAAUGAGGCAGGGGAAAUCAUGUAUCCAGAAACUGAUACUGAGGAUAAUGAAGAGGCUUAAGCCUUCAGAUUUGGAGAUACUACUCUGUAUUCAAACCAUAUUCUUAUAUAUCUCUUUGUCAAUAUCUAAAUGUAUAUUUCUUGUGUCUGUCUACGUAUACGAGGGUAUAUCCAUCAGACUUUGGGAGAUGGAUAUCACCCUGCCUAUUGUAGUCGUGUCCCUCAUUCCCCCUACCCCGAUCCCCCUAAGUGUAUUCUUGUAAACAUUUACAAUUAAAUAUAAAUUAGAUUUAAGACAUCCGAAUUGUUCUAUUUUGUGAUGAUGUUCGUCUGUUGUUUUGUGUAAAUGCUGUAUGUGUGGGUUUUAUUUAUUGUAAGUAAAUAUAAGUUUAUGUUCAAUAUUCGGAUAGACUUUAAUUUAGUUUUUAAAUACAUUUAAGUGUUGUGUUUAACAGUAUUAGUUAAUUUUAUAGGUUUUUUAAGAUUAUGGGCCUAUGUGUAAUUUCAUUAUUGUCUACGUGUGUGUAAUCACUAUGUAAGCUGUGCGUCUGUGUCCCCUUUCGAAAUAAAUGUUUUAGUAGUGUG